GUGGUAAAUUGCACGAAGGGCAUUAACUAGGGUUGCAAAAUACGGCACCCACUGGGAUUGUGUGCGUUAAGGUUGUUGUUGCUGAGAAAGAGACAAGAUCGAAGCGGUCCUUUCUCCCCCGGCGUUGUAAUUAACAGCAGCUCGACGAUCGUGGGAUAGUGGGAAACGUCAGGGAUCAUUGGCUAGAGGGGAUGGAGUUUAGUCACUGCGGGAAGCGACUCCGUGGUCAUGGUGGUGAAGGGUCUCACUACCUCGUCAGGGCAUGCGUUGCAGGUGCUUCAUCGCGACCCGGCUGUUUUUUAAUCGGUUCUCAUUUCGCUGCAGUGUGCUCCCGCAUGCACCUAAACCGCAGAUGUGACCUACCACCUCCUGGCCGCUGGCACUGAUGGAGUGAAUUGCAUUUGAAUCCAAUGUUUCUGUUACGCAAGGCGGUUGCCAGUAGGUGUGCGCGAUACGUUGUUGUGACAACGUGAAGCGCUGCAUUCGGAGUUUUUAUAUAGUGUUAAGUCUUGGUGAAGAUCAGAGGGUGGCACGAUGACGCCCAUCUCGGAGGCGAAGGGGAAGUCGUGCUCGAAGCAGCCGGUGAAAUUUAUUCAGUUGAUCUCGUUUUUAUUGCUGUUCUUCCUCGUAGGCGAGUUUUUCUUGCAAAAAGAGCUCGCCAGCAGUCCGAGGGCACGGGUAGCGUGCUCACGGUUCGAGAGGGACGCUCUUGCAGUGCUGCGGCUCGGAGAAUCAUGGGACAGCAGUCUUUUGGCUGCUCCAGUUCUUGUGAAUUCGCCAACGGUGCAUGAGACGUUCAGUUCCGAUGUUGUCGUGCACUGGGACAAUCUCACCGAGCUUGCACCAAAGGGGCUGCGAACUCACAUCGACACAAGAGACAGUGACAAUGUUCGCUUCAUGCGCUACGGGAUGCCGCCUCUGAAGAAUGUGUGCAUCACUCCCAAGGGGACAAUCGUGGUGGUCGGUUUGUCUCCGGAAGAAUUUUUGCAGGACCUUGCAGCAGCAGGGAAAGUCAUGGUUUCCGAAUGGGGCGAGACAUAUAACUGCUCAUCGAACUGUCCAGGCUCAGCUUUUGAAAAAGACACACCGAAGGACGCCUUGUGGCUCGCUGGAAACACUACACACAUAGUUCCAUACCUUGGGAAUGUUUUCCACCAUUUUUCCGAGCGCGUGUGGCCGCUUUUGUCUGGUUUUCAGGAUCCAGUUGACGGGAGCUACACACCUGUGAACCAUUAUUAUGUGCACCGCAUGCACAAAUGGCUGGAACAGGCUCACCACAACAUGGACCGCAACACAUUCAUGUACCAAGUUGCGAUACUGGCGAAAACCGCUGCACCGGGGGCAAAGUUUCUUCAGCACGGAGAAAAUGAGGCUCGACCACUGUGUUUUGAGAGCCUAACUCUUUCAGCUGACGCAACUGGAAGAAUGACUCCACACCUAGGGCUGCAGAACUUCGGUCCAGCUAUCGACCGUUAUCGCAAAGCAGCCUACAGCUACUUCCGGAUUCCAGACCCGAAGUUGUCCACCCCACCACGCCCCAUGCGAGUCACGCUCUAUGGACGAGGAGAUGCUUCUCGGAGACGGAUAGUGAACAUUGAUGAAGUGGCACAGCACCUUCGCUCAAUGACGCAACCGCCUCUGCUUGUGACAAUUGUUGAUGAGCUUCUGGCAAGUGGCGCUUACAACCAGUCAUUGCCGGAGGUUGUUUCGCUCAUGGCGCAAACUGAUGUGUACAUUACACCGCACGGUGCGAACACCUGGGCUACGUUGUUCAUGCCAAAACGUGCGGCCGUGAUCGAGAUUUACGGACCUUGUGGUCCUACGACAUGGUUGGCGUCGACCAUUGUUCCUGCACUCGAGCUGAAGCACAUGACGCAAGGAAAUCCGUGGGGUGAGCGGGUUGCAGCUCUUUCAGCUGGCAAUACGACAGAAUGCAAGAGCUCUUACCACACGCCCCACUUCACAGUCGACCUCGCCAAGCUCGACGAAGAAAUUCGGUCCCUGCGAGUGCCUGCUGGCCCCGGCGAUCGAUUGCCUCUCUACUGGCUGUACAAUUGGAGUACCAACUCAUACUGAAACCUUUUCACAUUUUUCGGCACCGCAGUUCCUUUUCUUCCAGUAGCGUGAAGGCGAUUUCAGAUUUGAAGUCCACAUCGAAACCUUCAGGUCGUAAUGCUCAAGUUGUUGAAGGUGGUGUUGGCGUUGUGCCGAGAUAUGUUCAUCCAGUUGCCACAGCGGCAUGCCGAGUUUUUUUCCUUGUUUUGUGAUGUCCUGCGAAGACUCAAACGAUUUUUCCUACAGGAAUGCAUCUGCAGUUGGUUGAAGUACUCGAAUGUCAUGUACAAAGUGACAUGAAUAGUAGCGGGAGUCAUAGUCGUAGGACUUCUGGCAGAUUACUCCAUUACUUGACUUGAAGGUGGAUUAACUACAAACACAUUCAACUUGAGAAUUGUUCGCACCGUGAAGAGAUUCUUCAGUUCUACAGCAUUUAGGUGACACUGAUUCACAUCUAAACAGAGCAAUUGGAGCGGAGGGAGACACACGGAUUCAUGCUUUCCCCGGGGCUCUCAACAUGCUGUAAUAAGAUGUUGUCUGUAGCUGUAUAGAGAGGGGAGAGGGAUGACAAAAACAAUUAAACAAUACUGUCUUGCAUUUACCGUUGCAUGAAUGUCUUGUAACCCAAAAACAUAUCUUCAAGUGCUUUUCAAUUUUUUCCAUUAUAGUACUCAAUAGUGGGCAUCGAGGAAGCUGUGACACUUGAUAAAUUUUAGAGAAUCUUCACAUUUUGAUAAAUCCUUCCUUGGGAUAUUUUUUCCAAUAAUGCAAUGUACCCACAGAAAUGAAGAAAGUUUCACUUUGAAAGCA